UCUUAAUUUUCAUCUGGUUUUAUCUUUGUUAUUAUUUUGUUCUAUCUCUAUUUAUCUGAUUUUAGUCUUUUAUCUUAAUUUCUCUUUAAUUUUAUUGUAUUCUAUCUUUAUUUAUAUUAUUUUAUCUUAAUUUAACUUAAUUUUUUCUAGGUGUAUUUAUGUGAUUUUAAUCGUUCUUUUUGUUAUCUUUAUUUAUCUUAUCUUGUCUAUUUUUUGUAUUUUAUCUUAGAGUUAUUUUAUUCUAUCUUUGUUAAUCUAAUUUUAGUCUUUUUUAUCUUAUUUUAUCAUAAUCUAUAUUUCUUCAUAUUAUGUUAAUUUUAUUUUUUAUUCUAUCUUUAUUCACAUUAUUUUACCCUUAUUGCAAUGUGUGCCUUUAUUGCUGAGCUGAUUCGUUCUCUCAUUUAUUACAUGUCACUCUACCUCUGGCCCUGUGUUUAUCUUUGUGUGACUAAUAAAGUAAAGUUUGCUGUUCUGGGUGAUGUUAUUUUGUUAUAUCACUCAGUGUUAAAUAUUCUGCACUGCUGUUUUGCCCUUUUGCUUACGUCUCUAGUGAAAGACUAAUGUUUUUCAAAAGACUUCCAGGUUAAAAACAAAGUAAAUAGGAUUAUUAGUAUUUGUAGUAGUAAUAUUUGUUAUUUCUGACCUAUGUAAGAAAAAAAAACGAAUAACUGGAAAGAGUGAUGAAAGCAUGUGUUCUCUGGGCUCUGUUUGUCUUGUUUUGGUAAACAGUGACUCAUCUCUGACAGAUUUCUGCUGAAACUAGCAUAAAAAAAGAUUUUGCUUUUUUCUACAUGUUGUAUAAUAUAGCAACAUAUAAAAAAUCAACUAUUUUGCAAACUGUGAGCAAAUAUUCUGAAUUAAAGGACUGUCCACUUUUUUUGUCGUGAGCAAAUGAAACCAUGGCAGGAGCUGGCCGCUGACCAAAGGUUCUGUCUUGCCUAAUUCAGAGUUGUUGUCAUUUGCACUCUGUGUCAGUUGGCUUGUAGAUCCACGAGGAAAUUUGACUCAAUGCUGCCGGAUCCCUGUAACGCAGAGUGAAAAAUGGACAAAGAAUUGGGCCUGUGUCUGUUCCUGGUGCUGCUUCUCUGUCACAAAGGCAACACACUGCCACACACCUCAUGUCCAUACACUUGCCAGUGUUUCACUUCAGUCCAGAUACUGUGUGCUGACGAACGGAUGUCAUCUUUACCCAGGAACAUGUCCAGGCAGGUCAAGGACCUUAUUGUAAUAAAAACAGCUGUGGCGUACCUGUACCCCGACACUUUAGAGGAGAGCCCCCAACUCACCAAGCUUGUCUUCAUGAGCAAUGCACUGCGAAGUAUUCACUCCCAGGCUUUUGAGCAUCUGACCGAGCUGCAGGAGCUGGAGAUCAGUGGGAACCCCUGGCUGGAGCAUUUAUUUCUGGGGACUUUUUCAAAGCAGGAAAAUUUGAUCAAACUGCUGCUUAACUACAACAAGUUCAAGACAGUGCUUCUUGGCAUGUUUGACUCUCUUAAAAAGCUUGAAACUCUGCAGAUGAAGGGAAACUUCAUAUCUGAGCUGCCUUCAUUUAUUUUCCUGAACCUCCACAAUCUGCGUGUCCUGGAUUUGUCCAUAAAUAAGCUUGAAUAUGUAAACAGGGAAACUUUUUCUGGGCUGGCAAGACUGGAGAUCCUAAACAUCAACAGCAACCUUAUCAGCAAUCUUACUUCGGACUUGUUUUACAAUAUGUCUCAGCUGACAGAGCUUCACUUAGAGGGGAAUAAGAUAUCAGAGCUCGCUGACGAUAUCUUCUUUGACUUAACCAAACUAAAAGUGCUGAACCUCCGUGGAAACCUUCUUACAACCUUCAGUGACAAAGUGUUUGGAUUUGAGGUCUCAGAUUUGACAGAGCUGAAUCUAAAAGGCAACAGAUUGACUCAGCUGUCCUCUUUAAGCAGUUUGACGUCUCUUACUGACCUAAUCUUGUCCUCCAACCAGCUCUCUGAACUUCCUGGGGACGUUUUUAGAAAUGUAACACUCCUGGAGAAUCUGGACCUGUCUGAAAACAAGUUCACCCUGCUGCCCGAGAUGAUCUUUCAUGAACUAAUUGGCAUCAAGUCGAUCCACCUACACAAGAACAACCUGAGCAAAGUGGAUGCCAAGCUGUUCGAGGACCAGGUGCUCAUUCAGCAGCUCUACCUGUCUGACAACCAGCUGGAAAGUCUCCCACUGGGCGUUUUCGACCAUUUUGCCAUCCAGCACACAGUGAGGCUGCACGGGAACCCCUGGAAAUGUGACUGCCACAUGUGGUAUUUGCACGACUGGGUGCAGAGAAACAGCCGAGACAUACAGAUGCUCGACAGGAUGCUCUGCAGGAGCCCCAGCUUUUUGAAAAGACGGGCAGUCAUCUCCAUUGAGAAGGACCAGUUGGUGUGUGAGGGGUCUACAUUUGACAUGCCUGAUCUCAGUGGCUGUAGCCUGCAGUCUUCUGGUGACACUGUGAUUGUCAAUUGCAAAGUGGAGAAAUGCUCUCCACUAACAGUGAAGGUACAGUUUCAGGAGGAUGACGGCAGUGUAGUGGAGCAUAUUUUGAAAGAAGAGUUUCAGUGUAGCAAUGAGACAACCACUGACAUCCCUGCUGAGUAGUUCUUUCUCACACUCAGACUUUGUUCUCUGUGCAAAUACGUCGUCAUGCAUCUGGUCUUUCUUCAUACGAAAAGUCAAAUUAUAUGUUCAGACUGUCACAGUCAAUACUGUAAACAACGCAGUGGCUGAUAACCAGCUUACAUGAUAAGAGGGGUGGAUGAACUCUUUUCUUGUAAAGUUCAAAGUUCAACCCACUAUAUUUUAAGAUCACUGCUAAGAGGAACAUGUUAAUAAUCUGCUAACAUGUUGAAUCUCCAGUAACUGUCUCUGGCACACUCAGCUAUGUGCACCAGCAUUAUCAAACUGGGCAAUGAUCGGGGCAGGAUAUUAAGGAAUGAUGCAAUAUGUCCUUUUACGGGUAUAUCAUGUAUUUUGCCAUUUUCAAGAAGUUUGGGAACAGUUGCUAAUUUAAAACGUCAAUAAAAUGUAUAUUUGCUUAUUCAAGUGAUUUGCUCAUUCAAACAUUUACAACUCUUUGAAAAGACAGGAAACAGUUUGUCCUUAUAAGGCAGUGGUGGAGGAAGUAUUCAGCAUUCAAAUCCUUUACUUGUCUGUAACUCUAGAGAAACAUAGUUGAUUGUUGAGUCUCAUUCCCAGGUCGUCAGAUACCAACACUUUGGGUUUUUAGUCAGACUGAAACCACAACCCAAAGUGCUGGUAUUUGACGACCUGGGAAUGAGACUCAACAAUCAACUAUGUUUCUCCAGAGUUACAUACAAUGUUUUAACUUGAAGAUUUCCAUCCCACAAUGUAAAAAUACUCAAACUGAACUCGUGAUGUUUUUUGAGUAAAAGUACUAGCAUAAUGACAGCCUGUAUUAUGUUAUAUUAGAUUACUGUUACGGAUGCAUUCAUGUGUAUACAGUCAGCUUUGUCACCAGAAUAAAAUGUUGGCAUUGUACACUUUUGCAAACCACAAA